AUGUCUAAGGAAAAGGCAAAAGAGGUUCAGAAGAAGGCAGCUGCUCAAAAGGCUAAGAUUUUAAUUGGGUCCUCUCUAAAAGACAGCAGACUGACUUUGUUGGGUGACAAACCUCCAGAAGAGUUUAAAAACCCCGUUACUGUCGCUAACUCGGUUCGAAGGAUGACAUAUUUUGCCGAUGAAAGGAGAAGGUUGCUAUCCAUUGUUGCAAUGGAUUACCCUUACCGAUUCCUGCAAGAGCAGUUUGGUUGCUCCCCGAACACUGUUACUGCUGCAAGGGUUCACAGCAUCCUCUUUGGUCGUGGUGGCACACCACCACCAAAGUUCAAGUUCCAUCGCUCAUGUGUCAGCCCCUCUGUUCUGGAGGAACUGUCAGAUUUCUUCAUGAGGGAUGAUGUGUCCAGGCCGUCUUCCUGCAGAAGCAUAGUUGUUGAUGGGGAAGAAACUCCCGUGAGAUACUGUACAGACAGUAUCAAGAAUCUGGUUAACCAAUAUCUACUAUAG